AUGCAUCUUCCUCGUCCAUUCAAGAAUCCAAACUACAUGAAGAACGCCAACCGCCGGACAAAGAACCUGAAGGCGGUCCUUGCCCAGGAGCGCGAGCGCGAGCGAGUAGAAAGGGAACGAAGAAGAUUGGAGAAAGAGGAAAAUAUGGACGUUGAUGGAGAGCCAGGCGAGAGCACGCCCGACGAGGAAAUGCCAACAUAUGCGUCUAUUGAGGCGCCACCUUCCGUGCUUCCGCAGCGUCGGUAUUGCGAUAUUACUGGGUUGGAGGGUCCAUACACUGAUCCCGCGACGGGACUGAGAUAUCAUGACAAGAGCGUGUAUGAGCUCCUCAAGGGGCUGAGCGCUACCGCUGCCAAAGAUUACCUCGCAGCCAGAGGAGUUAAUCCAAUCGUUAGAUGA